AUGCACAACUGUCAUACAGCCCACGGGGAUAAAGAUCUACCAAUGCUACCGGGACCAUAUCCGAUUGUUGAAGACCCCAGCACCUGUGAUAUUGUCAAGGCUACACAGUAUGGAUUAGUAGAGCGAUGCAAAGAGCUGGUAGAAGCAGGAUAUGAUGUUCGACAACCAGACAAAGAAAAUGUGACUCUUCUUCACUGGGCGGCAAUAAACAACAGACAGGAGCUGGUUAAAUACUAUAUUUCCAAAGGUGCAAUAGUGGAUCAGCUAGGUGGAGAUUUGAAUUCAACUCCCCUUCACUGGGCCAUUAGACAGGGACACCUUCCUAUGGUCAUGUUGUUGUUAAAAUGUGGAGCAGAUCCCAGUCUUAUUGAUGGCGAAGGAUUCAGCAGCAUUCAUUUAGCAGUGCUGUUUCAGCACAUGCCCAUCGUAGCUUACCUCAUAGCAAAAGGCCAGAACAUAGACACAACAGACUUCAAUGGACAAACACCUUUAAUGUUGUCAGCACAAAAAGUGAUUGGACCAGAACCCACGAGGUUUCUCUUAAAGUUUAACCCCUCUCUCAAUGCUGUAGACAAUGUUCAAAAGAAUACUGCACUGCAUUGGGCAAUAACGUCAGGCAAUACAAGUGCAGUGGAUCUGUUGCUGGAAGCUGGUGCUAGCCUGGAUAUAAAAAAUGUCAAGGGAGAGACACCACUGGACCUUGCUUAUCAAAGUCUGAAUCGCUUCAUGGUUUAUAUGGUAAAAGAGGAAGAAAGAAUGAGAAGCAGAAGAAAUAACAGGUUACUGAAAAUAGUAGAGAAGUAUGAGCUCUUCCUGCUGUUGGCAUCUUCCUUGACAUUGAUGUGGGCCGUAGGAUACGUAAUGAACUUAAGUUCUGAUUCUUGGCUUUUGAAAGGAGGUCUACUUCUCUUCCUGCUCUUUGGGAUGGCUCUAUUUGUGAGGCAAUUUGUGGGCCUCAAGAAUCUAAGGUAUCUUCCCACAGCAUUUCUGCUAAGUUCAGUUUUUUGGAUGUCUGCGACCUGGUUUCUCUGGUUCCUGCCUGAUGUAACCAAUACAAUUCUUGAAAUCGCUGUCAUGUUCAGUGUGGUGGGGUUUCUUUAUUAUUUCUAUAAAACUUGGAAAACUGAUCCUGGAUAUAUUAAGACUUCAGAAAAAGAAAGAAAAGAGAACAUCGUAGCUCUUGCAGAAGCAGGCUGCUUGGACUUCAGAACGUUUUGCACAUCAUGUCUUGUAAGGAAGCCUUUGAGAUCUAUGCAUUGCCUUGCUUGUAAUUCAUGUGUAGCCAGAUAUGAUCAGCAUUCUCUGUGGAUUGGACAGUGCAUAGGCAUUGGGAACCAUCGUUACUACCUAUUGUUCCUGUCUUUGCUAACUAUGACCAGUGUCUGGCUGGUUUAUGGAACUCUUCUGUAUUGGUCAAACCAUUGCGCAACAAGUUAUCAUCAAGAUGGAGCAUGGACGUACUUCACACAGAUAGUAUAUUGUUCUCCCUGGGUUUCCUACGUCUUCGCAGUCGCCUGUUUUCAUGCUGUCUGGGCUUCGUUGGGGCUAAUUGUUCAACUAUAUCAGAUUGUAUUCUUGGGAUUGACCUCGCAUGAGAGAAUGAACCUCCUGAUACAGAGAAAAUCUAAGCAUCCUGUUUCACUCAGGAGAACUCCAUACAAUCUUGGAUGCUUCCAGAAUCUUGCGGACUUUUUUCAGUGCAGUUGCUUUGGUAUGUUCAAACCCAAUGUAGUUGACUGGACCAAGCAAUACAACCUUUUUCAUCAGGCAAAGGAGAAAAAUGUUCAUUCUGUAUGA